CCGAUUUAUGACCCGGGCAGUUUUACUAGCCUGUACCGUGCAAGUUGAAAACGCGAGUGGGCAAAAAUCGCUCCUCGCAUCGCCUCGUUGCUGUGCUGCCGUAUUACUAUCGACGCUAGCUGCUCAAACCACAGCGCAGCAGCGUAGCCUCCAUAGACAGAAUCGAUCAAUUACUCGCCGCAAGCGCAAGCUUGAUCAAGAAAUAACACGUUUGAGACAAGGCAAGCUUAAUUGAUCAAGAAAUAACACGCCUGAGCAGCAACCUGAGCGAACCAACGUGACGAAAAUGGCCGAAAUCUUCAGCAGAGGCACCCACGUAACCGCUCUAUGGGGCCACCGCUGGUACGCCGGCACCGUCGACGAUAUACUGGACGGCGGGCGGGCCUACGAGAUCGCCUGGGCUGACGAGGAGACCUGCAACGAAGUGCCCGCGGCCGACGUCCGAGCGCUCGCUGUGAAUGAGGAGCCCCGGCCCAAGAAGCAGAAGGUACAGAAACCGCGGGCCGACACGAAGCCGCCGCAAAAAAAGCGCCUCGGCGCGUCGCCGUUCGUAGAAAAGCCGCUCGCGCCGGCCGCCGACGAGUCGGAGUGGGCCUACCGCGCGCGGGCCCGGCGCCCGCACCGGAGACUACGAGACGACGUCGACGCGAACGACGACCACUGUUCUGUUUGUUGCGACGGCGGCAAGUUGCUGUGCUGCGCGACGUGCCCGCGGAGCUUCCACGAGGCCUGCGUGCGCAAUUGUUUGGGCGAGGCCUACCUGCCGGGCGCGCGGCGGGCGAAAUUAGAUCUAGGUGGUACGACUACGAAGAAGAAGCGGGACCACGCGCCGGCCGCAGCGGCCGUCGCUGGGAUUACGCAGGAAGCGGCCGAGGAAAACUGGCAUUGCCCAGUUUGCUGGCAGUCUCACGCAACAGAGUGCGUUAUUUGUGGCGAAGCGGGCGACGACGACACGCGCCUCGUGCCCUGCGACCGCUGCCCGCGCGCCUUCCACGCGCGCUGCGCCGAGCUCGUCAGCGGGAGUGACGGCAAGCGCCGCUGCCGGGCCUGCGUUGUGGACGAGGCGGCGCCGACGACGCUGGCCCAAGCGCUCCAGCCGGACGUCCUCAAGCAGAUUGAAAGUUUGUGCGCGCAGCUCCCGCGGAACCACUUCGCGUCGAUCUUCGGCGACCGCCUCAAGCGCAUCCGGGAGCUCGCGGCCGAAACGCCCGAGGCCGCGGCCCACUCGCUCCAGGGCCUCCACACGGCCCAGGCCGUCGAGUCGAGACUGCACUUCGUGAAGACGAGUGAGGACGAGAAGGAGUUCCGGGCGAGCCGCAAAGUUGUAAAACCGUGCGAGCAGCUGUGGUCGCUCGCGCGCGACGGCAUGGCGUGCGUGCCCGCGAGUUUAUCAGAGGACGCCUGUUCAAUGAUGAGGGACGCGGCGCGCGAGUUUUAUGAUCGCGUCAUGGUCACGGUGUCGAAGCGGGACGACCUCAUGCACAUCCUCGAAAACAAGGGCGGCUUUUCCACCUUCAAGACCCGCGACACGGGCCGCGCGGACAUGGUGGUGCCUGGCUUAAUAAAACAGGAGGGCGCCUGGGCAUCACUGGAGACGGCGAAGUGGCUACCUCUCAUCCGAAAGACGCUGGGCCCCGACGCCUGCCUGCGCCACGCCGGCGUCAUCAUGGCGAUGCCCAAUUCGGUAGCUCAAAAGUGGCAUUCAGACGGUGAUCAUAUCGACGAGGAUAUAGUGCUGCCGCCGCACGCAUUAAAUGUGUUCGUACCGUUGGUCAAGUGCGACGUUUCGAACGGCGGCACGGAGUUCGUGCCCGGGACGCACGCCGACUGGACGGCUUCGUCCCAUUCGUAUGUGCUGGAUGCGGCGCCGGGCGACGCUUUGGUUGCCGACUGGCGGCUAAAGCACCGGGGUUUAGCGAACCGGACGCGCGAAGACCGGCCCCUGCUGUACCUGACGUACGCGAGACCCUGGUUCGUCGACAAGUACAACUUCUCUUCUGAGAGAUAUGAGAUGUUACCACCACUAUGUAGUAUGGACGCGACGCGGUCGGAGCGCGCUGAUAUAAGGGACAUGGCUUAAUGAAACACAUAUAGCCUCUCGACCCGCAGG